UGGACAGAACACAAUCAAAAAUAUUUAUAACUGGUUACAAUCAACCCCAAUAUUUAAGUGCUAUCUGUUUCUACAGCUCUAUCUCACUUGAGCAUGGAAGAUAAUAAUUCUCUCAUGCCUUGUCGUAUUAUUUUUGCAUUCGACGCACAUAAAGAAAGGAGUGAUAAUGAGUUUAAGAAUACUAUUAAUGGCAUUCGAUUGCACCGUGAUAUGAUACAUGGAGGAGAUACUGUCCUUGUUGUUGGUGUUCUGCAUAAGAUUUUGCAUCCUUUUGGUUAUCAAAUACAAGCUUCUCCCGAGGCUUUUACUAAAUCAAAUCUUCAUCUAGUAGAAGAGGAAGUUUCAAAGAGGGUUGAUUUGCAUGUCAGCAUGCUUCUCGAGAGUGCUUUGGAUUGCAAAGAUGAAGGGGUUGACUUUGAAGUCAAGAUUGUUGCAGGAACUCCAACUAGGAGAGUUGUUCUACAAGAGGCUAAAAUGGCUAAUGCAACUUGGAUUGUACUUGACAGGCACUUAAAACGAGAUUUACAGUUUUAUCUCAAACAUAUACCUUGCAAGGUUGCAAUAGUUUUGGAUAAUUUAACUGUAGAGGUUCUGAGAUCUUAUACUGCUGUUGACAAAGACAAUAUAGAACAUGAAGUGGUCUAUUCUAUGUCUAAAUCAGUUCCAUUGUCAUCUGAUCUGGAAUAUGAGCACAGUCAACAAUCUGUCAUCUCUUUCACAAGCUAUAUUGCAUCCAUCACUUCUUCGGAGAGCUCUGAACUUCUUCAGAGCAACUCGUCGUCUUCUUCUUCCUACAGAGGACUAGAGCAUAUUUUUCCUUCCAAUUAUGUUUAUGUCUCUACACCUAUGCAGCAAAGAUCAGGUAGGCAAUCUAGAGGAGAAAGCAUGCAUGCUUCAACUCCUCUUAUUCAGAAACAGAAAAAACAUUUUACGCGUAGUAGAUCCUCUGAUGCUCCUCUUCUUUGCGCUACUUGUAAGAUCAAAACUGAGUUGUAUAUCAAGGAAUCCAUGAGAUUCAGCUAUUCCGAGAUACAGCUCGCAACUGAUAAAUUUUCCAAAGAGAAUUUGUUAGGUGAAGGAGGAUAUGGUCAUGUAUAUAAGGGUGAGCUCGAAGAUGGGCAACUGAUUGCUGCUAAGAUGAGGAAAGAAACGAGUACGCAAGGAUUUCAAGAAUUCAGUUCUGAAGUUUAUGUUCUAAGCUUUGCACGUCAUAAGAACAUUGUGAUGCUACUGGGUUAUUGCUGCAAGGAAAACGUUAAUAUAUUGGUCUAUGAGUACAUCUGCAAUAAAUCUCUCGAGUGGCAUCUAUUUGAUCAAUCAGAAAAUUUUCUUAACUGGAAGCAAAGACGUUCAAUAGCCAUUGGAACUGCAAAAGGAUUGCGCUUUUUACAUGAAGAAUGUCGCGGUAGUCCUAUUAUUCAUAGGGACCUGCGGCCUAGUAAUAUAUUACUUACACAUGACUUUGUCCCCAUGUUAGGUGAUUUUGGUCUUGCAAAGUGGAAGCAAAAUGAUAGUCCUAUCCAUACCAGAAUCCUUGGCACUUUAGGAUAUCUUGCGCCUGAGUAUGUAGAGAAUGGUAUUGUGUCUGUAAGAAGUGAUGUGUAUUCUUUUGGCAUUGUUCUAGUACAACUGAUAUCUGGACGCAAGGUGGUUGAAUCAAAUGCAGAGCAUCAUCGAUUGUCCCUACGACAAUGGGCAGAACCAAUAAUUGAGAGUCUUGCAUUACACGAGCUAAUUGAUCCUCGUUUGGGAGAAUCGUAUGACACAUGUGAAUUGUACCAUAUGGCCAGAGCAGCAUACUUGUGUUUGAAGAAUGACCCUGAGAUGCGUCCAUCAAUGGCAGAGGUUGUACGACUACUGGAGGCAGAUGAUGACCAUCUUCAUAGCUUGGUGGAGCAGUUCAUGCCUCGUUUCUCUAGAUAAUAGAUAUUUAGUAGAUUACACGCUGCUCUUAAACUAGAGCGCAUAGUGUUCACAGAUGAACCUAAAUACAUGGGCUUCAUUUUCAGUUUUGUUUUCAUUUCUAGUGUCGAGUCUGAGUUGCUAUAUGUAUAUAUACAUAUAUAACCAUGUAUUAUCACAUAAGAAUAAUACAAAACAAGAAUUAAAGUUUGACAAA